AUGUACUCGUGGCUGCAGGCCUUCUCCUUCCAGGCCUGCAGCCAGGAGGUCCUCUCUACAGCUACCCCAGGUGGAGGCUACUCCUCCCUGAAUGGGAUCCGCAUCUUUAGCCUUCUAUGGAUAAUCUGUGGACACACUGUCCAGCUCAGCGCCUGGAACAACCUCGAUAAUGAAAAGAGAUGGAAAGGGACAGUGGAGAAAAACCCUCUGCAUGUGUUUGCCUUCAGUGGACCUGUCUAUCUGGCUGUGGAUACCUUUCUGCUCCUAGGGGGUCUUUUGAGUGCAAGGUCCCUGCUGGGGUCCAUCCAGAGAGCGGAGGACAAACUGAGUCCAGGUCUGGUGGCCAACUUCCUCUUCAAGAGGUUUAAAAGAGUCCAGCCGCUGCACCUCUUCAUCGUGUGUCUCGCUAUCGGCCUCUUCUCCGUGGUCCAGAGAGGUGCAUUCUGGUUCAUCGCCGAGGAUGAGAUCAUCAACUGUAAAAAGUACUGGUGGUCCAACCUGCUUCUGGUCAACAACCUCUUCACCAUCACUGACAUAUGUGCUCCAUGGACCUGGUAUCUGUCCCUGGAUUUCCAGUUCUAUGCAACAACCCCCCUGCUCAUCUACCUCUAUAGGCUGAACAAAGGUAUUCUGGUUGGUGUGGCUUCAGCUCUGCUGUUUCUGUCCAGUCUGACUAGCGCUGUUCUCACUGCCCUACUGCACCUCCCAGUUCACCAGCCUACCACACUAAAAUAUGAAAACUACUUCCAGUAUUACUACAAUAAACCCUACACCAGAUACGGGCCCUACCUGAUCGGGAUCCUGGCAGGGAUAAGCAUGACAACUAAGAAAGGCCACCUUUUAAAACAUCAGUGGCAGGCUGCAGUAGGUUGGUUCUGUUGCCUGUCAGUCAUGGCGAUAUUGGUAGGAUUGGCCUAUGUCCUCCGGGAUGUCCCACCCCAGCCGUCCGCGCCUCACGCCCUCUACCAGGGGAUCCAUCGCUCCCUCUGGGCCCUGGCCGUGGCCUGGAUCAUACUGGCCUGUGAGGAGGGAUACGGAGGAUUCGUUGAUAACCUCCUGUCACUAAAUCUGUGGGUUCCUCUGUCCAAUAUCAGCUUUGCCUGUUACCUGAUCCAUCCUGUUCUUAUUAUACUAUACAACGGCAAACAGGAGACUCCUAUACACUACACAGACAUGAACUUUUUCUAUCUGUUCCUGGGUCACAUGAUUCUGACGGUGGUGAUUGGCUAUGUGCUGACCGUGUUGGUGGAGAAGCCCUACCUCUUCCUCAGGGGCAGUAAGGCUUUAGGACAUGACCCCCUCGACCUUCCUCCUCUAGGACAUGACCCCUAGACCCUCCUCCUCUAGGACAUGACCCCUAGACCCUCCUCCUCUAGGACAUGACCCCUAGACCCUCCUCCCUAGGACUUGACCCCUAGACCCUCCUCCUCUAGGACAUGACCCAUAGACCCUCCUCCUUUGGGCAUGACCCCUAGACCCUCCUCCUCUAGGACAUGACCCCUAGACCCUCCUCCUCUAGGACAUGACCCCUAGACCCUCCUCCCUAGGACAUGACCCCUAGACCCUCCUCCCUACGACAUGACCCCUAGACCCUCCUCCCUAGGACAUGA